AUGACUGCGAAGAAGAUGAUGUCGAAUGGAUGUAUAGCUUUUCUAGCUAAUGUGAUAGAUACUAGAAUUCCAAAAGUUAUAAUAAAUGAUAUUCCCACGGUUAGAGAAUUUCCAGAUAUAUUUCCUGAGGAUUUACUAGGAUUGCCUCCAGAUCGCGAGGAAGAUGGUGCCUUAAUUGCGGAGCUUACGUUAAAUCCAAUGUUCUUGGAUCGGAUUAAAGAGCUACAAAGUCAAGAUGAGAAAUGUUUGUUGAGAAUGACACAAGUCGAAAAGAAUGAGACUAAAGACUUCGAAGUAAGAGAUGAUGUAUGUCUAUAUUAUAGGGGAAGACUUUGCAUUCUGGAUAAUGAUGAUUUGAAGAAAGAUAAUAUUUAUGAAGAACAUUAUAGUCCUCUGAUGAUGCAUCCCAGAGAUAAUAAGUUGUAUCAGGAUUUAAAAAGUCGUUAUUGGUGGCCUAGUAUAGAAAGAGCUGUAUCGGAGUUUGUGGCAAGAUGUUUAACAUGUCAGCAAGUGAAAGCUGAACAUCAAGUACCCUCUAGAUUACUUCAAUCGAUAUCUAUUCCAGAGUGGAAGUGA